AUGCGCAACUUUUUUUUUCUUUUUGAUAAGUUCCAAUUCAGUUUAUUCUUCUUCAUUAAGGACACUGGUGUGUCCAAAUAUUCCAUUACUCCACUUUUUCUUUUUCUUACUUUCUAUUUUCUCUUUAUUUUCUGCCUUUUUCUUUCUAUUUUUGUUCUUUUUCUAUUUAUUUUCUUUCUUUUUAACUUUCUUUUCUUUCUUUUUAACUUUCUUUUCUUUCUUCUUAUCUAUCUUUUUUCUUCAUUUUUUUCGCUUUUAUAUUUCUCUUUCCAUCAUACUUAUGGAACAUUUUUCCAUUUUUUUCCAUCAUCUUUAUCAAUUCCUAUCUAUCUAUCUAUCUAUCUAUCUAUCUAUCUAUCUAUUUCAAUAAAUUCAUAUCUAUCUAUCUAUCUAUCUAUUUCAAUAAAUCUACAUCUUGUAUCACAGUUUAUUCAUUAUCUAUCUAUCUAUCUACCCAGUCUGUUCAUUAUUAUCUAUCUAUCUAUCUAUCUAUCUAUCUAUCUAUCUAUCUAUCUAUCUAUCUAA